AGGAAGUUUCUGAUCAAAUCUAAUCCAGCAGCUGGAGGUGCAGCCGACUGUCUCUGACGGAAACCUCUACAUGAAGGUCACCCAACAACAAAGGCAACGCGGGAAGAAAAUACCACAUAAUGGAUUUGUUUUCAUUAUUUAAUGAGAGUAUUGAACCUGAAGCUGAACAUGGAGAUGGAUCUGACUCAGCUUCUGCAAAGAGGAGGAAGAAGGAGACAUCAGAUUGCCUCGAGAAAAUCCUUGAAAAGAUUCGGCCAGAGUUUGUUAACAGAUCGACAGAGGCAAACCUCAAACAGCUCAUUGACUUGAUCAGAUCCGAUGGUGUCCUCAAUCCUUCAGAGGAAAAGCAUAUUCUCGAGAAGAACCAAACCACAGAAGAUAAGGCGCGAGACUUCUUCGACUGUGUCGUGAAAAAAGGACAUCCAGCCCGCAGGAUGAUGCUGAAACAUCUGCAAAGCAAAGAUCCAUCACUGUGCCAAGACCUGGAUUUGAGAUUUGAUAAGUCUGUUCGUAAAGAGCUCCUUGAAACAUGUCAGGCUGAACUCAAGUCUAAACUGACGAACAGUUUGAAGCAUAUCUUUGAGGGAUGUGCUACACAAGGAAAGUCGGUCCGACUGAAAGACAUCUACACAAAGCCCAACAUCACAAAGGGGGACACUGAGGAGGUCAAGGUUAAACAUGAAGCCAUCCGAACAAUAAUUACGAAGGGAGAGGCUGGAAUCGGGAAAACACUGGUAACACAGAAGUACAGUCUGGACUGGGCUCAAGGCAAAGACUACAAGAACAUCCAGUUGGUGUUUCCAUUCACCUUCAGAGAUCUGAACGGGCUGAAAGAGAGAAACAUCAGCUUGGUGGAACUUGUUCAUGAAUUCUUCAAGGAAACUGCAGAAAUCUUUUAUUUUGAAGAGUUCCACGUCGUGUUCGUCUUUGAUGGUCUGGAUGAGUGCCGACUUUCUCUGGACUUCCGCAAAAAUAAAACUGUAAAUGACCCUAGAAAGAUCACCUCAGUGGACGUGCUGCUGACAAACCUCAUCAUGGGAAACCUGCUUCCUUCUGCUCAUCUCUUGAUCACCACACGACCCGCAGCAGCCAAUCAGAUCCCUCCGGGGUGUGUUGACUUUGUGACUGAAGUCAGAGGGUUCACGGACCCACAGAAGGAGGAAUACUUCAGUAACUGGUUCAGAGAUAAGGCGAAGUCCAGCACGAUCAUCUCCCACAUCAAGACAUCACGGAGCCUCCACAUCAUGUGCGAAAUCCCAGUUUUCUGCAGGGUCACUGCUACGGUUCUGGAGAAAGUCCUGAAGACCAGAGAGCAAGCAGUCCUACCCAAGACCCUGACUGAGAUGUACAUCCACUUCCUGUUGGUCCAGACCAAACAGAAGAAGGUCAAGUAUGACGGAGGAGCUGAGACUGAUCCAGAGAACAGGAAGAUGAUUGAGUCUCUGGGAAAACUGGCUUUUGAGCAGCUGCAGAAAGGAAACCUGACCUUCUAUGAACCAGACCUGAGGGAGUGUGGCAUCGAUAUCACAGAAGCUUCGGUGUGCUCAGGAGUCUUGACGGAGAACUCUGAGGUGAAAGAUGAGUACCAGGACAAGGUCUUCUGCUUCGUCCACCUGAGUGUUCAUGAGUUUCUUGCUGCUCUUCAUGUCCAUCUGACCUUCAUCAACUCUAGAGUCAACUUGCUGAAAGAACUGAGAUCCAUUUGGACUGUUUGGAAUGUUUUUGGAACCAAUUCAACCUCUUUCUACCAGACAGCUGUAGACAACGCCUUACAGAGUCCAAACGGACACCUGGACUUGUUCCUCCGCUUCCUCCUGGGUCUUUCACUGGAGACCAAUGAGAAGCUCCUACGAGGUCUGCUGACAUUUAAAGAAAGAAGUCUGCAUGGCAAUCAACAAAUAGUCCAGUACAUCAAGAAGAAGAUCAGUGAGGAUCUGUCUGCCGAGAGAAGCAUCAACCUGUUCCACUGUCUGAAUGAACUGAACGAUCGUUCUCUGGUGGAGGACGUCCAACAAUCUCUGAGAUCAGGUCCUCUGUCCAGAGAUAAACUGUCUCCUGCUCAGUGGUCGGCUCUGGGCUUCAUCUUACUGUCAUCAGGAGAAGAUCUGGAAGUGUUUGAUCUGAAGAAAUACUCAGCUUCAGAGGAGGUUCUGCGGAGGCUGCUGCCGGUGGUCAAAGCCUCCAAGAAAGUUCUACUGAGUCAGUGUAAACUCUCAAAGUCCAGCUGUGAAGAUCUCUCUUCAGUUCUCAACUGUCCCUGCUCCAGAGUGACAGAACUGGAGCUGAGUAACAACAACCUGCAGGAUUCAGCAGUGAAGAAGCUGUCUGUUGGACUGAAGAGUCGUCACUGUAACCUGGAGGUUCUCAGACUGGAAGACUGUAAACUCUCAGACUCCAGCUGUGAAGAUCUGUCUUCAGUUCUCAGCUCUCAGUCCUCCAAACUGACACAACUGGACGUGAGUAACAACAACCUGUGGGAUUCUGGAGUGAAGUUUCUUUCUGAUGGACUGAAGAGUCUUCACUGUAACCUGGAGGUUCUCAGACUGGAAGACUGUAAACUCUCAAAGUCCAGCUGUGAAGAUCUGUCUUCAGUUCUCAGCUCUCAGUCCUCCAAACUGACACAACUGGACGUGAGUAACAACAACCUGCAGGCUUCUGGAAUGAAGUUUCUUUCUGAUGGACUGAAGAGUCGUCACUGUAACCUGGAGGUUCUCAGACUGAGUCAGUGUAAACUCUCAAUGUUCAGCUGUGAAGAUCUCUCUUCAGUUCUCAACUGUCCCUGCUCCAGAGUGACAGAACUGGAGCUGAGUAACAACAACCUGCAGGAUUCAGCAGUGAAGAAGCUGUCUGUUGGACUGAAGAGUCGUCACUGUAAGCUGGAGGUUCUCAGACUGGAAGACUGUAAACUCUCAAAGUCCAGCUGUGCAGAUCUGUCUUCAGUUCUCAGCUCUCAGUCCUCCAAACUGACACAACUGGACGUGAGUAACAACAACCUGCAGGAUUCUGGAAUGAAGUUUCUUUCUGAUGGACUGAAGAGUCGUCACUGUAACCUGGAGGUUCUCAGACUGAGUCAGUGUAAACUCUCAACAUUCAGCUGUGAAGAUAUUGCUUCAGUUCUCAGCUCUCAGUCCUCCAAACUGACAAAACUGGACCUGAGUAACAACAACCUGCAGGAUUCUGGAAUGAAGUUUCUUUCUGUUGGACUGAAGAGUCGUCACUGUAAGCUGGAGGUUCUCAGACUGGAAGACUGUAAACUCUCAAAGUCCAGCUGUGCAGAUCUGUCUUCAGUUCUCAGCUCUAAGUCCUCCAAACUGACGAAACUGGAGUUGAGUAACAACAACCUGGAGGAUUCUGGAGGGAAGAUUCUUUCUGAUGGACUGAAGAGUGGUUACUGUAACCUGAAGGUUCUCAGGUUAGUAUGA